AAAAUGGUCGUCUCAUUCCAAUCAGGUAGAACAUCCAUGGCCGAAACUCCGGCGACUUGCCGGGAUGUCCACGGACAAGUCGAGUUCCCUGGCGAGCCGGAGACUUCCUUGGACGUCUUCUUCGGGUAUCUGGACGAAGGCGUGGCAUCGCUGGAGAGUUCCUGUCACUCCGACGAGGGGUUCGAGGAUCUAGCGAAUGACGAGGAGGACGGUGGGUUGUCCAACGCUGAAGAGAGCAGAGCAUUCUGGGAGUCUCAGGAACAUCUUGUUCAGGCGACGCUGUGUCGGACCAGUUCAAUCGAGUCCAAAAUCAGGCAAGCCACAAAAGAAUGCUUGAUGGAAUUGAAUUGGAACGAUUCGCAAUGUGAUUGUGUUAACUCCGCCACGGUGGGUUGCCGGAGUUGCCUGCGGCGGGACAUUUGUGACCGGCUCCGGCACAAUGGCUUCAACUGUGCCAUAUGCAAAUCCAAAUGGAGGAGCUCACCAGAUAUCCCCUCAGGGGAGCACACGUACUUGGAAGUGGUGGACGAAUCGAGUCCCAAGAAAGGAGCGGUGCGAGUGAUAAUCGAGCUCAAUUUCCGGGCGGAGUUCGAGAUGGCGAGAGCCUGCGAGGGGUACAACCGGCUGAUCGGACGGUUGCCGGAGGUCUUCGUCGGCAAAGCCGAGAGGCUGAGGCCGCUGAUCAAGGCGCUGUGCGCGGCCACCAAGAGGUGCACGAAGGAGAAGAGGAUCCACAUGGGGCCGUGGAGGAAGCACAAAUACAUGCAAGCCAAGUGGCUCGGCGCGUGUGAGCGCUCUGCGCCAGGCCCUCUCCCGGCCGGGGUCUCGGUCCGGCCCCCGAAGCCGAGGGCCUCGAUGCUUACUUUCGACAUGCUUGAGAAGUUGCCCAAGGUGCAAUGCACUGCGGUUGAAGUUGUAUGAGUCUUUUUUUUUCUUGAAGUUUUGCCCUUUGAAUUGGAGAGUGUUUCAAUGAGUCAUGAGAAUUUUGGAGGAAAGAAUGGAGUGAUCCCAAUAAAUUUUGAGUCAAGUUUUGCCA